AUGACGCGUUGUGUUUCUGAGGCAUUUCUCGCAGAUCACCUGAAAUUCCGGUGUUAUCCUACAAUUGCAGGACUCCAUGCUGCUCUCUUCCACGCUGCGCUGGCCACGGCCGCAGCACAGGUGAUUGCAAUGAUCCGGCUCGUAGAGGGCCUCGGUGGACAUGCGACAGGACCUGUGGAAGAGCAAUAUCAUGCAGAUGAGUGGGGGCGAAACGAAAGCCCUAGAAGCGAUAAUCCUUCAGACUUGGAUGCUUCGAUGCGGUCUUUGAAGAAGGGGGCCAAAACGCCAACACUCGCAGGCCAUAUCAGCCCUUUUAGUGCAUAUAGAAACACAAGAGCGCAUAUGAGCGCGUUUCGGGCGCAUUUCAGGAAGAAGACUAUUUAUCGCCUCUUUGAAAAAGCUCAUCCUCUAAAGAAACACUUUUGUGCUGCACUGCCUCAAGUGCUUUGCUAUAAACCGCGUCUGGUCAAGGCGAAAUGGUGCAAGAAGGCCCGGGGCCUACUGGCCAACAUGCCCACAGAGAAGGGUAUAUUUGAUUUUGGUAAGGGAAAGAAAAUAUUCCGGUUGACUCCGUGA